GCUGAGAGGAAGAGGAGGAGGAGGAGCAGACACGAGCAAUGACGCGAUGGAGCAAUUCAAUUAACGUUUAUGUAAUAUAUAUAUUUCUCCACACUGCAUACUGUAUUUAUUUUACAUUUGACCUAUCGUCGCCGAUUUAACUGAAUAAACAAACCGAAGCCAGUUUGUCGUGUCGCGUUUUAUAUUUCGGGAGUGCCGUUCAAGUUAUCGGACUAAUGGACUUUAUUUCAAAAUUUGAUUGUUUAAGGCGAGGGAAUCACAUCUUCGAUAUCUUGAUAGUAUGAGAUCUCAUUGAAACAGUGCUAAAUGGUCACAGUCAUUGCAAUGUUCUCACGCAAGUGAAAUUUAUGAACAAUUUGUCCACGCGCGAUUAUAGUGUAUGUAUUAUUCGUGAGUGUUUUACGUGAGUGUUCUAUGCGGGAGGAGACCUGAUAACCCAAUCUUGAUAAAAGGAGGAGGUCUGCGAGAGGCAUCAGGCACUGGCGAAGCAACCUUGGGAAAUAAACAGUUGGGAAGUCAGUAAGAAGAACAGAGAGAAAGAGAAAGAGAGAGAGAGAGAGAGAGGGAGAGAGAAAGAGAUCGCGAGAAAGGGUUUAGACCGGUGUGCAAAUUUAAAUCGGCGAGAGAGUACCGCGCUGUGUUGAUCGCGCGGGCACAAUUACCGGGCGGCGAGAGUCGAGGAACCCCAUUUUAUAUAUUAAUAGUCGAGAUAGCCGCCUGUGUGUCACGUUACCGAGAGGGCCACCUCGGUUAGGAUGGCGGGAGCCAGGGGAGAGCGGUCUCCGAGGAUUGUUGUUGGGAAGUGGAAGAGGUCGGGAAGGGGGAAUCGGUCACGAGGGAGCGAGAGGACUCGAGAGGUUCAUAUGAUCGAUCGAGGGAGAUCGAGCGAUCAGAUCUGCGGGAUGGACAGAGGGGAGACCUCGAGGGGAGCCUCGAAAUGAUAGGUACGAGGACGGUAUAACGCACGGACCCCUUGUAUCUCUACAUGGUAGCUUCAGUUUCAGUUCGCGAUGGAAGCUACUUGCUCCUUCUGGUACUAGGUAGUUGUGUAUUCCUUAACAGGGUGUGAGACAAACAGAGCGUGCUCGAUAAAGAGGAGGAUAGGGUGAGAGAAAAAAAAGGUACAAAUCGAAGGGGAAGGGUGAGCGAUGUAAAGAAAGAAAUAGUAGCUAGCAAGGAAGAGAGAGAGAGAGAGAGAGAGAGAGAGAGAGAGAGAGAGAGAGAGAGAGGAGAGGGAGAGAGAACCGAGAGAGUUCGAAGAAGACAUUGCUAGGAAGAAAAUGGAGAACUCAAGAGGGGUAACGAAAGAAGAUGAUCCGUAAAAAAAUCAUUAAGUAAAGAGAUAAAAGAUCCAAAGGGUUGCAAGCCUUGAAUGAACGACAUUCUAGACUCGAAGAAGCAUCGAGUACCUUCGAUUUGUUCUACACUUCGGGGUACGUUUUCCUGCCUCUCCCUCGGUAAUUCGCGUGAGGGAUGACGACUUGCGGUAGCAGUCGUCCAAGACAAACAUCGUGAAAUCACGUUAUUUCGUAGCGAAACCCGCGCAAUACACACGUACAUGUCAUCAUGGCAGAACGGAGGUGACCGGAUGCUGGGCGGUGCAGUGAUUCGAUUGAUUCGCUGAAGAGUGUUCGUGGCUUCCACUGAACUUCCGAGUGUCGCGUUAAGUGACUGUACGUGUGCGUGCGUGGGUGCGUGCAUGCGUGCGUGCGUGCGUGCGUGCAUUUGUGUCUCUCGUUGCGUGAACGUACGUACAUACGUGCGUGCUUGCGAGCGAGCAAGCGCUGAUCGGGGGCUUAUACAGUGACGCCUUGGGCGUUCUUGUGUUCGCGGGUUCGCAAAGGAAGGCGAAACCCGGCUGAUCGUCAAGGUGGUCCACCCAAGUGAGAGCAUCGUCAUCAUCCUCGUCAUCAGCCCCCAUCUACGCGCUGCCGCAUUUCAAUCAGCGCAGCGUAGAGGAAGCGGCGGCCGGACGCUUCAUCGAGCUUUCUUCGAUUCUUCGCGGCAGGCCGCUGGGCGUGAAAUCGGCAUCGAAAGAGGAAGAGAGAAAGAGAGAAGGACGGAGAAGCGGCGAGGCGGACGAGCGUUCGGAGACUGCGGCGACGGCGGCGGCUCUCGAUCAGCCGAGAGAGGAGGUGGAGAGACUCCGACGAAGAUGAUGUUCGGUAGAGUCAGAAGAGAGAUCUUCUCCGGCAAUGGCUGAUCGUCGUAGCCGCGAUGCCCGCGGCGUAUGAGCCGCUCUAUCGCGAGGACGACGACGUUAACGCUGCUGCUGUCCGCAGCGGCUGGAUCCACGCGGGAUCUACGCGCUCGUGAUCGCGAUCGUGACGUGGUGGGCGGACGCGGUGCGUGAACGAGAAUGAAGGGACGGUCCCUCGAACCGCGAAACGAGGAGCCGCUGCGUUGUCGCGAGUGAGCCGCGAGCGGUGUCGAGAAGUGUUCAAUUGCGGCGAGCUGCGGCGAGUGCAGGAGUACGCGCGCGUUCGUUAAUAAACGUGCAUGCACGUUAACAAAGAGAGAGAGAAAGAAGGAGAGAGAGGGAGAAAAACGGCGAGUCAAUCGGACACUUCCGUAAACAGUCAGGAGUGAAUGAGCGCCGCAACGAGCGCCGCGAUCAAGUGAAUCGGAUCUCCAGAAGUUAUUUGCGUGAUCGAUUACAGGACUUUAAACCGCGGGUGCGCUUUCGAUGACACUUGAGACUACUCGGGGUGAUCGUUCAAGAUAAUCCCCUUAUUACCGCGAGAAGACGUGGUGAACAGUCGCAAAGCGAUUUUCGCAGGAGGGUUGUUGAAAAGCAAGAGACUAACUCAAUCCUCUCGAGACAACGGUUGAGAGCGCGAGUGAGGGGGUUCACCGCAAGUGAAAAGGAUCGACUGGGAUCAGACCACUUGAUAGUUGAGCGGCUAUCGCUCUCCUUCUUAUCAAUUUCCUUCCUUUCGUCGAGUCCUCGCAGUUGAGGACCAAACUGAUCACGAUCGACUUGACGCUUUCGACUUGAAGUUCUCGAAGAUGAGCUUCGUUGCGGUGUUGAGUCAAACUUAACGAAAUUUGUGCGACAUGAGACAUGAAGUGCAACGUGGUUAUUGCAGCCAGAUGCAGAUCGACAUCUCGGACCCGAUCAACCGCGACUCGUUAAGUUCAAUAGUAAUAGUGAUCUUGGUGGUACCUUGAGCUCAGUGUACCUGAAGAGUUGUAGCACGCGUCUGAAUCGUGGAAAUCGUUCUCGAAACAGUCCGAUUCAACAGGCUCGGGGAUACUUCGGAGGAAGGCAGUGGGACGACAGGAAGACGAGGGGACAGACGAGGAGGACGAGGAGAAAAAGGAGGAGGUGGAGGAGGAGGAGGCGGGGGGUGGUGGAGACGAGGGAAGGUAGACAGUACCAAGGAGGAGGAUUCCUCGGCGCGUGAUCUCGGACGAAGGAGGCGAGAAACGUGCGUUUGUAAUUCGGCGUGGCUGCCUUCGAGGAUGAGCGACGGCGGUCAUGCCGUGUAAUUCGAAGGUGUACCACACCACCGUCGCAUCGUGCACGAUCGUCGUCAUCGUCGCCGCCGUCGCCGUGGUGAUCGUUCACACUGUCGUGGUCAAACUGUUGAGAUACGGCAGAGUCGUGGUAUCGCCGGAAAGAUGAGCUCGAUCGACUUUGAUGAGGUGCUGCUACACGUGGGAGAGAAGGGCCGAUACCAGAACAUCAUGUACUACUUGCUAUGCAUACCCGCCACCCUGCCAGCCGCCUUCUUGGCGUUCUCACAAGUGUUCGUGAGCGCCUCGCCAGAGCACUGGUGCAGGAUACCGGAACUGGAAAACAUGACGAAUCUGAUGUCGUUAGAGGAGAGGAAGGCACUCUCAUUACCCUACACGGUCAAGUCCGAUGGCAGGAGGGUUUAUUCCAAGUGUCAUAUGUAUGACGUGAACUACACGGAGAUAAUAGAUUUGUGGCUCGAAGGCGCCAAUCUGUCCAACACCACUGAUAGCCCGUCACUGAUCACAUCUCCGUCGUUUGACUUACCGUCAACCCGAUUGCCAUCGCCACCGAUCAGUAACUCCGACUGGCCGGUCGUCAAAUGCCGAUACGGAUGGAACUACGACACCAGGGACUACGACAGCACCCUCGUGACAGAGCUAGACCUGGUAUGUGACAACAGCUGGUGGCCUUCCACGUCGACGACUUUCUUCUACGUGGGUAGUCUCUUCGGCAACGUCGUGUUCGGUUGGAUCGCUGACAAAUGGGGCAGAAGGACGGCCUUUUUCGCCAUCCUGUUUCUCGAAGUGAUAUUCUCUAUCGCCACGAGCUUCAGUCCGAACUACGUGAUCUACACAGCGCUGAGAACCGUGAAUGGUCUCUUUUUUCCUGCCAUUUAUCAGAUACCUUUCAUACUUGCUCUUGAGCUAAUGGGGCCAAGAUAUCGAACAUUCGCCGGGAUGGUGAUUUGCAUGUUUUUCGCCACGGCGAUGUCUCUCUUGGCGUUGCUGGGUUACUUGUUAAGACACUGGUAUACCCUGUCGUUAGCCACAUCGGUGCCUUUCAUUCUUCUCUUCAGUUACUACUGGAUCAUCCCCGAGUCGCCGCGGUGGCUUCUCAGUAAGAAUAGAAUAGACGAGGCGGAAGCGAUCGUCCAACAAAUGGCAAAAGUCAAUGGCAAAACAGUGCCUACGAAUUUUCUUAGAAAGAUGGAGGUAGAAAUAUUAAAGAGGCAAGGGAUAUCAUGUAACGGCAGAAAUUCCAACGACAUCGACUUGGAAGGUGAAAAGAGAGCAACGCCGUCAUCUGCGACACCCAUGGACUUGAUCACAAACCCAAACAUCAGGAAAAAGUUCUUCAUUCUCGCUUUCGAUUGGGUGGCGAACGCGGUGGUAUACAACGGGUUAUCUUACAACACGACCAAUCUGGGUGUCUCUGAUUACCUAGCCUUUUUCAUUGGAGGACUCGUGGAGAUUCCAUCGUACUUUAUUACGUGGUACGCAAUGGACAGAUUAGGUAGGCGGUGGGUAUUGUGCGUGACCAUGAUGCUGGGUGGACUCGCUUGCGUGUCCUGUAUGUUUGUGCCCGAAGCAGAUGCGGUCUGGGUGACAGUGAGUCUGGCGAUGAUCGGCAAAUUCGGCAUCGCUGCGUCCUUCGCUGUCUUCUACGUCUUCGUCGGCGAACUGCUGCCAACCGUACUAAGGUCUCAGGCGAUGGGUAUAGCUUCUUUCAUCGCCGGCAUCGGCCUUCUCACCUUCCCCUAUAUCGUUCAUUUAGCAGUCUACUCUAGAGUCUUACCCCUAAUCGUAAUGGGAUCAUUGAGCGUCGCCGGCGCUAUCACUUCCAUAUUCUUGCCGGAGACGCUCAAUAUCCAUCUGCCGCAGACGGUCGAGGAGGGUGAGCUCUUCGGGGCUGAUUUCAAACUGUGGUCCUGUCCAACGAUACCAAAGAAAGGUUCAAGCAAGUCCGAGUCCCUGCCGUUGGGGUACUUAUUGAACGGCGGACCGGGUAGUCGCUCGUCUACCUCGAAAGUCGCGUCGCAGGAAGGCGCGACUACGUCGCAGGGCGAGAAGCCAGCUGCCUUGCUGCCCUCGAAAGAAGAAGAGGCGAAGAACUUAAGCGCACCAAAAGCGGAGGAAUUGUCAAAUAUCGAGGUCGUCGAGCUGAAGACGACCAGCGUAUUGGCGGAUGUGUCCGCGUGCCGGAAGUCGCAAUGAGACAGGACGAAAUAACAGACAGUCUUAUAAUUAACUCUUUGCAACGUUGUAUCAUAAUUACCAGUAUAGACACGCAUUGUAUUUAUUUUUCCAUUUAUUAUAAUGUACUUCCUUGUAAAACCUGCCUGAGUUUGUCGACUAGCACGAUUCGAUCCCCGUCUUUUUUUCUGUGCUGCUGAAGAGUACUUCCAACUUGUCGCGGUGUGUGCGUGUACAUUGCGUGUGAUUGAUACGCGUGUGAAUCGAGGAUUAAUGUCCGGGAUCUACGAGGACUCUAGAAUGUAAUGCUAUACUUUUUUAUUGUUCAUUUAGACGUCGAUUUUACAUUUUGCCCUUGCGUUAUAAAGAAAAUCUUGUUGUGAUUUCAGUUAGCUUAAAUAAAAUAUCUAUUGAGACGAA